UUUCGGAAUGUAGCUUUUAAAAUUGAAUAGUGGACAAAUCGGUAUGAUGCUCGUAGAAUAAACACAAAAACACCUGAUUGAUAAUCAAUGCCUUCCAAAUAGAAAUAGUGCCUUUAACUUUAGAGUAUUGUGUUCACAAUAAGCUCCAUAACGGGCAGUUUUAAGUGUGCAGUGUCCCUUUAAUCGUCAAAGAUUGACUCCGUGUGGGGCUGGGCUUCGCCCCCGCUGCGCCUGCAGCUGGGAACCUCGCGCGGACACAAGAGGAUGGGCGAGGGCGGGUCGCCGGGCGGGGGCGCGCGGCUGUCGCACACGUCGGAGAAGCACCCGCGGGCCAUCCUCGGCGAGCUGUCUGCGCUGCGGCGGCACCGCGAGCUGUGUGAUGUGGUGCUCAAUGUGGCCAACAGGAAGCUCUUUGCACACAGAGUGAUCCUGUCAGCAUGCAGCCCGUACUUCCGCGCCAUGUUCACGGGCGAGCUGGCGGAGUCGCGCGCCACGGAGGUCACCAUCCGCGACGUGGACGACACGGCCAUGGACCAGCUCGUCGACUUCUGCUACACGGCGCACAUCGUGGUCGAGGAGAGCAACGUGCAGGCGCUACUCCCAGCAGCGUGCCUACUCCAGCUCCAAGAGAUCCAGGAGGUGUGCUGCGAGUUCCUGAAGCGGCAGCUGGACUGCUCCAACUGCCUCGGCAUCCGCGCCUUCGCCGACACGCACUCGUGCCGCGACCUGCUGCGGAUUGCUGACAAGUUCACGCAUCAGAACUUUCCUGAGGUGAUGGAGAGCGAGGAGUUCCUCCUCCUGCCGGCGGCGCAGCUGAUCGACAUCGUGUCGUCGGACGAGCUGAACGUGCGCAGCGAGGAGCAGACCUUCCAGGCCGUCAUGUCCUGGGUCAAGUACAACGUGGCCGAGCGCCGACCGCACCUCGCACAGGUCCUCCAACACGUGCGCCUGCCGCUGCUCAGCCCCAAGUUCCUGGUGGGCACGGUGUCCUCGGAGCUGCUGGUCCGCUCCGACGACGCAUGUCGAGACCUGCUGGACGAGGCCAAGAACUACCUGCUGCUGCCGCAGGAGAGGCCGCUCAUGCAGGGGCCGAGGACACGGCCGAGGAAACCGCUCAGAAGAGGCGAGGUGCUAUUCGCAGUAGGCGGCUGGUGCAGUGGCGACGCCAUCGCGUCCGUCGAACGCUUCGACCCCCAGUCAGGGGAGUGGAAGAUGGUGGCCCCGAUGUCCAAGAGAAGAUGUGGUGUCGGGGUGGCUGUUCUACAUGAACUGUUGUAUGCUGUGGGCGGACAUGAUGGGCAGAGUUAUUUGAAUAGUAUCGAGAGAUAUGAUCCGCAGACUAAUCAGUGGUGCGGCGCAGUAGCACCGACAUCCUCGUGCCGCACGUCGGUGGGCGUGGCCGUGCUGGAGGGCGCGCUGUACGCCGUGGGCGGGCAGGACGGCGUGCAGUGCCUCAACCACGUCGAGAGAUACGAGCCCAAGGAGAACCGCUGGACCAAGGUAGCGCCGAUGACGACGCGGCGCCUGGGCGUGGCGGUGGCGGUGCUGGGCGGGCAGCUGUACGCGGUGGGCGGCUCGGACGGGCAGGCGCCGCUCAACACCGUGGAGCGCUACGACCCGCGCGCCAACAAGUGGACGCCCGUCGCGCCCAUGAGCACGAGAAGGAAGCAUCUAGGCACGGCGGUAUUUGAUGGACAAAUCUACGCGGUGGGUGGCCGCGACGACUGCACAGAAUUAUCUUCAGCUGAAAGAUACGACCCUGCAACCGACGCGUGGUCGCCCGUGGUCGCGAUGACGUCACGACGCUCGGGCGUGGGGCUCGCCGUCGUCAACGGACAGCUCUAUGCCGUCGGAGGCUUCGACGGCACGGCGUACCUUAAGUCUAUAGAGGUGUUCGACGGGGAAUCGAACCAGUGGCGCCUGUGCGGCGCCAUGAACUACCGGCGGCUCGGCGGCGGCGUCGGCGUCAUGCGCGCGCCGCACACCGACCACCACUACAUCUGGAACAGAAAAGACUCAGUGGUGUAAGCCACGCCGACUACUAGCUGUAAUAUACACGCCCACUCCUACAUGAUAAGUCGUUACUCAUUUUACUUUUAUUGUUAAUAAAAUUAUCUAUAUAAUUGACUAUUUAUAAAUAAAUGAAUAAACAUAAUUUUUAGAGUAUUA